GGCGUUGGUGGAAUGAGCGUUGCAUGUGUCUUGAAGAGGAAAACAGUUCUCUGGCAGGACUCCUUCAGCCCCCACCUGAAACAGUACACAGAAGGUACCCUUAACCACAACAUGCCCGUGGUCCUGACAUCUGGACCUGUGGGCCAGCAGCAGCCGCAACAGCUUCCGACUCAUUCUGCACUGGCUACAGGACCCCACGCAAGCCCUGUGGGCAGCUCAAUGGGAGUGGCUGGGCGCUCACAAGAUGACGCAAUGGUGGAUUACUUCUUUCAAAGGCAGCAUGGAGAACAGUUAGGGGGAGGCGGAAGUGGUGGUGGAGGUUACAAUAACAGCAAGCAUCGUUGGCCUACUGGAGAUAAUAUACAUGCGGAACAUCAGGUGCGUUCGAUGGAUGAAUUAAAUCAUGACUUUCAGGCUCUUGCACUUGAAGGAAGAGCAAUGGGAGAACAACUGUUGCCCGGCAAAAAAUUCUGGGAGAGCGAUGACUCCAACAAGGAUGGACCAAAAGGCAUUUUUCUGGGGGAUCAAUGGAGAGAAAGUGCAUGGGGGGCAUCUGAUCAUUCAGUCUCCCAGCCUAUCAUGGUCCAGAGGAGGCCUGGUCAAGGAUUCCAUGUUGGCAGCGAAGUUAACUCUGUGCUCUCCCCUCGUUCUGAAAGUGGAGGCUUGGGAGUCAGCAUGGUGGAGUACGUCCUCAGCUCCUCUCCUGGAGAAAACUGCCUGAGAAAAGGAGGAUUUGUAAGUGCCUCUCCCUUAAUACAAACAAGGGGGGGAGCCCUUCGAUUGCCAAGAUAUAGAAAAAUGCAGGGCCCUCGUGAUCCCGAAGGAGAAGAAAAUGACAAAGGGGAUAAAAAAAGCAAAGGUGUCUAUGAAGGGGAUAAAUUAGGAGACCUGAAGGAGGAAGGUGACAAUAUGGAUAAGGCUAAUGGGCUUCCGGUCCAGAACGGGAUUGAUGGUGAUGUAAAGGAUUUCAGCCGUACUCCAGGUAACUGCCAGAACUCUGCAAAUGAGGUGGAUCUUCUUGGACCAAGUCAGAAUGGUGCUGAGGGACUUGCUCAAUUGACCAACAGCAAUGGAGCAAAGCCAGUAGAGGACUUUGGUGGCAUGGAGUCUCAAAGUGUCCAGCUGGAUCCAAUGGAGCAUGUUGGCAUGGAACCUCUACAGUUUGACUAUCAGGGCAACCAAGUUCCAGUUGAUUCAGGAGCUACCACAGUUGGCCUCUUUGAUUAUAAUUCUCAACAGCAGUUGUUUCAGAGACCGAAUGCUCUUGCAGUACAGCAACUAACAGCAGCCCAGCAGCAACAGUACGCAUUAGCAGCAGCACACCAGCCGCACAUAGGU